UGCAGAAAAUCCAACGGCCCAUAUUCAAUGCUUUUUCACCCAACUUACUUUUAUUUUUGUGUUCUCCAGUUGUCGCCUUGCCUUUCGAUUCCAUGCAGAAAAAGAAGAAAAAUAAAUGAACUGCAAUGAAGAGGGACAAAAUACCGAAGCUUCAAUCUCUAUCGACCAAAUAUCCUCGGAGAAUGACGUCAGAUCCCGGCGAAGUCAGCCGUCUUACUGUCAUCAGGACCAAGGAUGCUCGCCGGAGGAGGCUGGAAAUUAGAAGGUUGAAGUAUACAUUUGAGACGAUGAUGAAUAUAACCAUCACAGAAAACAGCAACAACGGCAAUAAAGACCAGGAUGAUCUUCUUCAUGGAUCAAAACCAAGCCACGGUUUAACGGAAAUAUCGCUUUCAUUGUCCUCUCCAUCAUCAAAUCAAUCAACUUCGGCGGAGAACGGCAUCGUUUUAGCUGGUUUUGGAGAGAAAACUUGCAUGAAAAACGAUGAUGCGUCAACCUCAACCUGCACGUCUCAUGGGUUGCUUUCAGUUAUCGGUCGGAGAUGUGAAAUGGAAGAUGCAGUGAAAGUAGAGUUAGGGCUUAUGGCGAAAGGAGGGGAAAAGUUUGAUUUUUAUGGAGUUUAUGAUGGGCACGGCGGGUCCAGGGUGGCGGAGGAGUGUAAAGAAAGGUUGCAUAAACUGUUGGUGGAGGAAAUAGUAGAGGAAGGAAGUGGGAGUGGGAUUGAUUGGGGAAGAACAAUGGAGAGAUGCUUUGAGAAGAUGGAUGAAGAGGUGAAUAAAGGGAGGAUGGCCGAGGAGAUGGUGGGGUCAACGGCGGUUGUGGCGGUGGUUGGUAACGGAAAGGUAGUAGUGGCCAAUUGCGGGGAUUCAAGAGCUGUUUUAUCGAGGGGCGGCGUUGCUAUGCCCUUGUCUUUUGAUCACAAGCCCGACAGGCCUGAUGAGUUGGAGAGAGUUGAAGCUGCUGGUGGAAGGGUCAUAAACUGGAAUGGAUAUCGAGUGCUUGGAGUACUGGCCACUUCAAGAUCCAUAGGUGAUCAGUACCUCAAACCCUUUGUGAUAUGCAAACCGGAAGUGACCGUACGAGAGGUAACGAAUGGUGACGAGUUCCUGAUACUGGCUAGUGACGGACUUUGGGAUGUGGUAUCGAAUGAGGUGGCGUGUCGAGUGGUAAGGCGAUGUCUGAACGGCCAAAUAAGGAGCAAAACAGCUGAUGUUUUGAAUCAAAACCGCGCUUCUGAAGCAGCGGCGGUGUUGGUUGAGCUCGCAAUGUCUAGGGGUAGCAAAGACAACAUUAGUGUGAUUGUGGUCGAGUUGGGAAAAACGUAGCACAGUCGUGUGUUUUGUCUGAAUCUGGAAUUGCUAACUGAAGGAUUUGGUUUAACCAUUGGUUGGGGAUGGAGUUGGAUCAGACAUUUGAUUGCAUUUUUCUUGGGGUUUUUACUUGGAACACCAUAAAGUUCUGUUGGUAUAUAAUAGAUAAAAUAAAAAUAAAUUUAUAAA